AUGAUAAUGGAAAUUAACACUGGAAAAACUUCCUCUGCCCAUAAGUAUGAUGCGAUAGAGAGACAGCUGGAGGAAUACAUGCGACACAAGCAAUUGCCCAGCUACAUGAGAAACAGAAUUUUAACGUAUUACGAAUUCAAAUUUCAGAAAAGAUAUUUCCGAGAAAACGAAAUUUUAGCCACAUUAUCAGAACAACUGAGACAAGAAAUGAACAUGCACGCUUGCAAGAAAUUGGUAGAAAACGUAAUAUUCUUUCGAAACCUACCUUUAAAUCUGCUCGUUCGAAUAAUAUCUUGUUUGAAAAUAGAAGUUUACCUCGUAAACGACGUAAUAAUAAGAGCUAAUACUCCUGGGGCUAGUAUGUAUUUCAUUUCAACUGGCACUGUUGCUGUCUACACCAAGUCUGGUAAAGAGGUUUGUCACUUGGAAGACGGGGCCCACUUUGGCGAAAUAGCGCUUCUAAUCAAAGACACUUAUAGAAUAGCAUCAGUUGUAGCUGUUGAAGUAUCGGAAAUCUACAGGUUAGAUCAACGGGAUUUCGUAAAAGCAAUCAAUCCCUAUCCGGAUUUGCUGGCCAACAUUCAGCAUAUCGCGGAGGAAAGAAUGGAAAUAUCCACUAUGUUGGAUGAUUAUAAUAGAAGGGAACAUGGGAUUAACAUUUUGAGAAGUAAAUAA